AUGUCCUCGAUUCUCAGGUCCUGGCCCGUGCAGAAUGCCUACAAGAAAUUCCAUUUCCACUUUCUAUCAGAAAAGGCUCCCGGAAACACCUUGGCAGACCUCAACUUCGACACAGACAUCAAGUCUUCUUUAGACAAACUCAAACGCCACGAAUGGAAACCUGCUGAGGCGCUUCACUAUGGAUUCCUAGCAUUGGUCAUUUUGUUCGUGUAUGUGAUCUUUCCCGUGUCGUUUUUGCUUAAAACCCCCAUUUUGGCUGCAUUCGUCUUGUGCUUCUUAGUGCCCUUGACUUCCCAGUUUUUUCUCUAUGCUUUGCCCAUCUUCGCCUGGCUUGCUCUCUUCUUCAGCGCUAGCAAGAUCCCUGUGUCGUGGAAGCCUGCCAUCUCCGUCAAGUUUUUGCCGGCCAUGGAGACCAUCUUGUACGGAGAUAACUUACUGAAUGUUUUAGCUGAGACCAACAACUCCAUCUUGGAUAUUUUGGCUUGGCUUCCAUACGGAAUCAUUCACUUCUCGUCACCUUUCGUGGUUGCUCUCUUUAUCUUCCUUUUUGCUCCUCCAUCUUCGUUGCGUUCCUUCGGCUUUGCUUUCGGCUACAUGAACUUGGCAGGCGUGUUGAUCCAGCUCUUGUUUCCUGCGGCUCCUCCUUGGUACAAGAAUUUGCAUGGUCUCGAGCCUGCAAACUACUCCAUGGACGGUUCUCCUGGAGGCUUGGGCCGUAUUGACAAGAUUUUUGGGUUCGAUAUGUAUACUUCCACCUUCGAGAACUCCCCACUUGUUUUUGGCGCGUUCCCAUCGCUCCACUCUGGAUGUGCGGUUAUGGAUGUGCUCUUCUUGUGCUGGCUUUUCCCCAAGUUUACUGCAGUUUGGUGGUCGUACGCAGCCCUCUUGUGGUGGAGUACAAUGUACUUGACGCAUCACUAUUUCAUCGACUUGAUCAUGGGUGCGGUGCUUUCAUUCAUGGUGUUCACCUACGUCAAGUACACCCAGCUUCCUGUUGUGGACCCUCUGAAGUUCUGCCGCUGGCUGUAUACGGAGGUUUCGCUUCUCGACAUGGACUUAUGUGACCCGAUCAACUCUUUCGUGCCUUUGCACCAGGAUUUGGAGGAUGCCCCACACUCCUUCUACAACCCCAGAUCACUCAGCACUACGGAUUUUGAAAUGACUACUAUGAACCGCUCGAGAGAAGUGCUUCCAACCAUUCUGGCCACUCCAGACGAGUUGUUACGCCUUUCCGAGGAGCAUUUGGGCCCACUCGAGGAUGCUGAUACCGACAACAGUGCAACCAACUCUGUUUUCGACAGUGAAAGAUAUGAAGAAGAAACCCAAAUUAGCCUGGCCCCAUCUACUGUUUCUUUGGCCGAUUUGGCUACUACCAAGCCCAAGGCAAUUCAAGGUAUCGGCGCCAGAUGA